AUACCAAACAUCAGCCAGAAAAACAAAAUGGGGGCAUCGUUGGACACCCCAGCCAGGUGUCCUCUCUGCAACGAGCUGACAGGGGAACCGGUCACUCUGAAAUGUAACCACCAGUUCUGCCAGCGAUGUAUCGGUGAUUUGUGGAGUGUAACCCCAAACGGGCCGUACCACUGUCCGGAGUGGAAGUGUAAAACUGUGUAUCAGACUCUUCCGUUUGGGGACAGUUUGACACGGAUACCAAACACCAGCCGACGAGCCAAACCUCGCAGCACAGCAGGCUCAUCCAGUAAUGAUGACCAGAGCACGUUCAGCUCACUACUGGGGAGGCCCUCAAUCACCAGCCGACUCCUUGGGAAGAGAAAGGCCAGCACCCCUGCACCAGAGCAACCUGACACAAAGCGGUCCACCGUGGAAGCUCCCUGUGAGUUGCGCAACGACACAGAGACUCCCUCUACUUCCUUUUCCGGUGAAACUGAUGUAGCAAGAUCCAAGAAAGCAGUGUGGCCUGUGUCGUCACAGUCUGGGCAGGGGGAUGGGACAUCUUCAAGUGUCAACUCUGACAGCAAGGGAGGGCCUUCACUUGUUGUACUUCCUGCAGGUGAUGAGCCACAUGACACCCCAAUACUGCAGAACAAGCAUAAACCAGUAGAAGAAAUCGUAUUAGAUGACUCUGACACCUCCAACGAGCUAGAUAUAUGUGAUUCACCUCCUCUCGCAACUCCUAAGAAAGACACACAUGUGACCGGAAUUCAAGCAUAUCCAAAGAAACCUGCCAACUCUGAUUCCUUCCCUGGGGUCUCAACUCCAGGUAAAGAAAAGCCUCUGGAGAAAAAUGUCAGCAAAUUGUCUCCAGUAUUUGCAAAACAUCCUGCAACUGCUCCGGGAUCUCCAGGUUGUGUUGGCGUCUUCCCCAGGUUGGAGAGCAGAAAUACUGGCCCUGUGCGCUGCCAUUAUUGCCCAAAAACUGGGUAUCAGUCCGCUGUGAAGACCUGUCUGGUGUGUGGUGCUUCCAUGUGUAAGGAGCACCUGCGACCCCAUCUGGACUCCCCUGUCUUCCAGAAUCACACCCUGGUUCCUCCCAUGGACGACAUUUCUUCCUGGAGGUGUCAGGAGCACCAAGAGAUCAACCGUAUCUACUGUCGGCAGUGUGCAGUGUGUGUGUGCACAGUGUGUACUGUCAUAGGCUCACACCGCGACCACGUCUGCAUCAGCAUCAGGGAGGCAGAGAGAGAGCUGAGGGGGAACCUGAAGGAGGAGAUCAAGCAGCUACAAGAGUCUGAAGAGGAAGUGAAGAACAAAGUGUCUGAACUCACACAGAAGAAGGAAACCUUUAGAGUGGUGUUAAGUGAGGCUCGAGCGGGGGUGCAGCAGCAGUAUGGGGCCAUCAGAGAGGCCCUGGAUCAGGAGGAGCAAUCUACUCUUAACUGUGUGUCAAAGGAGGAGAGUCGGGUUCUGGGGGGAUUAGAGGAGAAACUCGGUCACCUCCAGGGCUCCCUGCAGUCAAUCCAGCAGGGCCUCCACACGCUGGAGGGGCUGGCUGAUGCCAAGGGAGACGAGCGCAUUCAGGACCAGGCCUUUAUCAUGGAAUACAGCAAGGUAGCCCAGCUGGCGAGUAGCAUGGGGAGCUGUGUGGACCAGUUGGGGGCUCCCGAGGAGGUGGAUGGGGCCAGGCUGAAUUGUCUUCAGAGGUGGACUGAGAAGCGUCUGGACACAGUCGUCAUCACUCUGCCGGGGAAAGAUAGAGACCUCUACAGACUGCUCUAUGGUACUGUCCCUCUCUUGGAUGCAGACACGGCUCAUCCCAAGCUGCAGCUGUCUGAUAACAACAGGAAGGUGAUGUACAGUGACGCCCAGCAAGUCUUCACAGAACACGAGGCCCGCUUCAGCUCCUUUCCGCAGGUCUUGUCCUCCUGCAGCCUGGAGAGGGGUCGCUGGUACUGGGAGGUGAAGGUGUCCGUGGAUGAAGGCCGCUGGAAGGUGGGGCUGUGUGAGGGUCAGAUAGAGAGGAAGGGCCAAAAGGACAACUCUCGUCUGGGCUUCAACUCGUGCUCCUGGUGCCUGGCCUGCGACAGGAAGAAGGUGGAGGCUCUGCACAAUAAGGCGGCUGUCCCUGUGGAUGCAGAUGAGCUGCAGAGGGUAGGAGUGUUCCUUGACUUUGAAGACGGUGUUGUGUCUUUUUUCAAUGUGACACCAGGGGGCAGACUAGCUUUGAUGCACUCCUUCACGCACAAGUUUACUGAGCCUCUUUACCCAGCCUUCUCUGUAUCUAAAACAAGCCUGGCUGUAUGUGAUCUGUUUCAGUCAUAGCUCAUACAACACUGGAAGUCAUUUCUGCUGGAAAUUUACAGAAAUCAUAUAAGCGCUGUGCCUUUAAAAAACAAAAAAAUCUUUCAAAUAUGCCAGUUUUAAAAAUCCUCUUUGAAUUUUAAAAACAGCUUUGUGCUUCAUUUGAUAUUACUGGACCAUGCAAGUAUUACUGAACAUCAUGCACUAUACAAGGAGGCAGCAUUUACAUUCCAUAUUUUUGGUAUCAGGAUUUUAAUUUUUAUAUGCAUUUUUAACUUUAGAUUGCCUCUGUUCAAAUUUACAAAUUGUUUCUUUGACAUCUUUUCUCCUUUGAUGACUCUUUGUCUUUUUACAGCAAUAAAUGUCAAAGUUUCAAAAAGAA